GGAGAGAGAGAUUAAAGAUUACACCAGGGAGGUAAAAGGUACAGGGAGGUUUUGCAAUAAAGAAGACAGAGAAAGGGUCUGGCACUUUAAACAAAGUAGAUGAGGACAUGUGAGAAGAGACCAGAGGGGGGACAUAAAUAUAUUGCUAAUCAAAAAAAGAGCAGGCAAGAAGAGAUUAGAAUAAAGACAAAAUCAGAAAGAAGAAACAUUGAAGGAUUCACAGAAACACAAAGGAAUACAUCCUGACAUUACUGGAUCAUUGUGAGAAACCUAAUCCAGAAGGAAUUAUUAUGGAUGUAACACUGGGAUCAUCAAUCAGUAUAAUCAGGAGUAAGCGAGUAGUUAUCGGUAACACCAUAUCCAGAGCCGAUAUCAUUAUCAGUGAUGGCAAAAUCACUAGCAUUGCACCAUGGGGAAAGCGGUUACCAGCAAGCGGACAACAGCUCCUGGAUGUUGGGGACCUUGUAGUGAUGCCUGGAAUUAUUGACCCUCAUGUUCAUGUAAAUGAACCAGGACGCACUGACUGGGAGGGUUACCGUUCAGCCACAAGGGCUGCAGCCGCCGGUGGAAUUACUACUAUUGUAGACAUGCCUCUAAACAGCCUGCCACCAACCACAUCCAUCAAUAAUUUCCAAACCAAACUGAAGGCAGCCGAAGGACAAUGCUAUGUGGAUGUUGCAUUUUGGGGUGGAGUGAUCCCAGGUAAUCAGGCUCAGCUGGUCCCCAUGUUAUAUGCUGGUGUUGCUGGGUUUAAGUGUUUCCUUAUCCAUAGUGGAGUACCAGAGUUUCCUCAUGUCAAUCUAAUGGAUCUUCAUGCAGCCAUGUCUGAGCUACAAGGGACAAACAGUGUUCUUCUGUUUCAUGCUGAAUUUGAUGAUCCCAAUGAUGCUCCAGUCACUGGAGAUCCUGUUCAGUAUGAAACAUUUCUUGCCUCACGCCCUGAUCACAUGGAAGUUGCUGCAGUGGAAGCUGUGGCUCAGCUGUGUCUACAGUACAAUGUCCGUUGUCACAUUGUGCACCUCUCAUCUGCAAAAGCACUUCCCAUCAUCAGAAAAGCCAAAGAUGCAGGAGCCCCCAUCACUGUAGAGACUACUCAUCACUACCUGACACUGAACUCUGAAAAUAUCCCCCCUGGAGCCACAUAUUACAAGUGUUGCCCACCUAUAAGAGAGAAUAAAAAUAAGGACUCACUCUGGAAUGCAUUGUUGCAAGGUCAGAUAGACAUGGUGGUAUCUGAUCAUUCUCCUUGCACCUCAGAUCUGAAGCUUCUACAUGAUGGGGAUUUUAUGAAAGCCUGGGGUGGCAUUUGCUCCUUGCAGCUCGGUUUGUCUCUUUUCUGGAGUUCUGCAAGAUGUCGUGGAUUUACUCUUCCAGAUGUUUCUUGCUUACUGAGCAGAAACCCUGCUAAACUGUGCAGUCUAGAUGAACGCAAGGGGUCCCUUCAUACUGGAUAUGAUGCAGAUCUUGUGAUCUGGGACCCUGACAAGGAGUUCCAGGUUCAAGAGCAAAUUCUUCAUCACAAAAAUAAGCUCACCCCCUAUCUAGGAUUCCGUCUUUGGGGAGAAGUUGCAGCAACUAUUGUCCGAGGAAUUCUGGUUUAUCAUAAAGGGAAACACUUCUCCAAGCCUCAAGGAGAGCCUGUCCUUAUACACACAGUGAGCCCACCAAAACCUAGUGGCCCCUAUUACUGAACAGCUUCAUUUUAGCUUCUCUAGCACAUUGCUGAGUGUGUGUACCCACAUAGCAGGAAUUGCUAGCUCUUGUAUCUAUCUCCUACUACAUAAAUACCUUACUUUUUAUGGAACUAUAUGUGAUCUACUUAUUGACAGAGAGCUUGUAAUAAAAUGCAAUACUAAAACUAUA